AUGGGCAAUUGGCAGUUGGAAGUCUUUAAAAUGACGCUCUACAUGAGUUUUCCCGUAGCAAUGUUCCACUAUUUCAAUCAACCCGAAUAUUAUGAAGAUUAUGUGACUAAAUUGAAGCAGACUGUCUUCCCGCCCGUAAACAAACAGCGUGAUGAUGAACUAAAGGAUGCCAUCAAAAAGAUUCAACAGAGUCAAGACCUUCGUAUUCUCCAAGCAAUGGAGCAAGGUUCCAAACAGUAAAUUAUUAAAUGACAAUGCUUAGGACUAGUUAAAGAGUAAAAUGUUAAUUGAGUGAUGGACAAAUAAUUAAAGUUUAUUAUAAAGUUAUUGCUGUACUGGUAAGUUUCUGGUGAAUACUUACUGUGAUGUACUCAAUGUCAAAUUGACAA